AUGGCGGGCGCGGGGCCGUUCGCGGCGGCGCUGGCCGCACUGCGGGGCUGCUACGCCGAGGCCGCCCCGCUGGAGACCUUCAUCCAGCGGCUGCGGGAGAGUGGCGCCGGUGAAGCCGAGGUGCUGCGGCCCGACGACGCCCCGUGCUACCGGACCUUCGUGGCGCAGUGUGUGGUGUGUGUACCCCGCGGAGCUCGCUCCAUCCCCCGACCCUUCACCUUCCAGCAGUUAUCUAGUCAGAGUGAAGUCAUCACAAGAGUUAUUCAGAAACUAUGUGAAAAAAGAAAGAAGAAUAUCCUUGCGUACGGGUAUUCCUUACUGGAUGAAAACAGUUCUCAUUUUCGAGUCAUGCCAUCUUCAAAUAUAUGCAGCUACCUACCCAAUACUGCAACAGAAACUCUUCGUAUCAGUGGCCUCUGGGAAACAUUACUGAGCAGGAUAGGGGAUGAUGUGAUGAUGUAUUUAUUGGAACACUGUGCAAUCUUUAUGCUGGUUCCCCCUAGUAGUUGUUAUCAAGUUUGUGGGCAACCCAUUUAUGAACUUAUUUCAAACAAUGUAGAAUCAUCUCCAGUGUUUGUUAAACAAAGGCGUUCAAAGCACAGACGUAAUGCAUUGUUUGACUAUAUGCAAAAAAGGCUUAUGUUUCAUAAAAAGCAUCUUUCAGACUCUCACUGGUGGAAAUUCAAACAAAGACCUGAAGUCCAAGUCUCUAGCAGAGGAAAUAAAAAAAGUAACAAAAUACUACGCUUAAUUGAAAUGGUAACUGAAAGUCUGGAAAACCGGGUUAGCCCAGGCUUAUCUUUGUCAGCUAGAGCCCUGUCUUUGAAAAGGAAGUUUGAUAGGGAACAACUUAAAAUCACAGCUAAGAGACUGAAAGUAGAGGAGAAAGCACUAGAGAAAGAGGCUUGGGAUCAUAGUCCUGGCAUGAACCAAAGUGAUUCCAAGAGAGAUGGAACUGGGUAUGUAGCACCACAUUCUGUAAGUCUUACUGAAGAAAAGAACAUUUCUAAAAGAAGCGACAGUGAUAUGUCUGAUCUUCCCUUAGUUUACAAAUCUUAUGAUGGGAAGGAGAAAUUUGUCGCAGAUGAAAAAGCAUUUCUGCAAGGAGUUCAGAGGAACAAACCUUUUAAGUCCAGCAUUGAAAUGCAAGCAGAAUCCAAUAGAAGGGGAGUAGAGAUGCAUAAAGAGAGAAUGUAUACAUCUCAAGUGGAUUCUGUACCAAUGAAACCAGUGGAAGGUAUUUCUUCAAAAUCUAGAGGGCUGGAAAGUCCCCUAGAUCAUUUGGGAAAGAAAUUACCAAAUACGAUCUUGCAUUCUGGAGUAUACAUUGAGAGGAAGUCUCUUCUGUAUUCUCGCUGGAGUUUCAAAGAAUGUUUUCCUAAGUGGUUUUUACUGAAUCGCUUGAAGGGCUGUCAGGCAAGCGGAAGACGGCUUGUAGAAACUAUAUUCUUAAGCCAAAAUCCGUUGGAGCAAAAACGCAGUCAAAGUGUGCCGCAUCACAGCUGGAGAAAGAAAAGAUUGCCCAAACGCUACUGGCAGAUGAGAAAUAUAUUUCAGAAAUUGGUAAAGAACCAUGGAAAAUGUCCUUAUUCAUUUCUCCUGAAAAAGAAUUGCCCUGUUGGGAUUUCUGAAACCAGUGCAGGAAAAUCUGAGCUGCCUUGUCAGUCAGCGUUACCUGGGGGAGCAGAGGUUCACAAGCAAGUAGAACCAUUUGGGAAAGAGUCUACUACGUGCAUGAUGAGCAGUGGCCAGAAGGGUGGUCACACUGAUGUGCCAAAUGACUUAUGUGCUCCUCUUCCAAAAUGUGGGAAGUCAAAGGGCGAGGAGCAAAAUUCUGGAGAGGUGUGUGAUUCUGCCAUCAGGGAGCUUCUCAGGCAGCACAGCAGCCACUGGCAGGUGUAUGUCUUUGUGCGACAGUGCCUGGAACGAGUGAUCCCUGCAGAGCUAUGGGGUUCAAACCAUAACAAAUGCCGGUUCUUAAAAAAUGUGAAAGCCUUCAUUUCCAUGGGAAAGUUUGCUAAGCUUUCAUUGCGGGAGUUGAUGUGGAAGAUGAGAGUGAAUGACUGCAUGUGGCUUCGUCUAGUCAAAGGUGAUCACUUUGUUCCUGCCUAUGAACAUUGUUUCCGUGAAGACCUUUUGGCUAAAUUCCUAUACUGGCUGAUGGAUACAUAUGUUGUUGAGUUGCUCAGAUCAUUUUUCUAUAUCACCGAGACCAUGUUCCAGAAAAACAUGCUUUUCUACUACCGAAAGCUUAUUUGGGGCAAGUUACAGAACAUUGGAAUUAGAAACCAUUUUGCCAAAGUACAUCUGCGUGCUUUAUCUUCAGAGGAGAUUGAAGCUAUCCAUCAAAAAAAAAAUGUUUCUAUGGCAUCAAAGCUCCGGUUCAUUCCGAAACCAAAUGGAUUAAGACCCAUAGUAAAAGUGAGCGGUGUUGUUGAAGCAAGAGCAUUCAGCAAGGAAAGCAGAGAAAAGAAGGUUCAUCACUACAAUACUCAACUGAAAAAUCUAUUUAGCGUGUUAAAUUACGAGCGGACUAUAAACGCCAGUUUCCUGGGCUCGUCAGUGUUUGGGAAAGAUGAUAUCUUCAAGAUAUGGAAGAAGUUUGUCACUAAGGUUCUCGAAUCAGGUGAUGAAAUUCCUCAUUUCUAUUAUGUCAAGACCGAUGUGUCCAGGGCUUAUGAUACAAUUCCUCACAAUAAACUUGUGGAAGUGAUUUCACAGAUCUUAAAACCUGAGAAAAGAACCAUCUACUGCAUACGACGAUAUGCAAUGAUUAAGAUUACUGCAAGUGGAAAAGCCAGGAAGUUCUAUAAGAUACAUGUUUCUACUUUCAAGGACUUUAUGCCAGAUAUGAAACACUUUGUGUCUCAACUUCAGGAGAGUGACUCAUUGCAAAAUGCAAUAAUAGUUGAACAGAGCUUAUCUUUUAAUGAGACAAGUUCCAGUCUGUUUACUUUUUUUCUGCAAAUGUUACAUAACAACAUCCUGGAGAUUGGGCGCAGGUAUUACUUACAGUGCUGUGGAAUUCCACAAGGCUCCAUUUUGUCAACCUUGCUUUGCAGUUUAUGUUAUGGAGACAUGGAAAACAAAUUGCUCUGUGGCAUACAGCAGGAUGGAGUCCUAAUACGUCUAAUUGAUGAUUUCUUGCUGAUUACACCACACUUAACGCAGGCAAGAACUUUUCUGAGGACUCUAGCAACAGGUAUUCCUGAAUAUGGCUUUUUAAUAAACCCUAGUAAGACAGUCGUGAAUUUUCCUGUUGAUGAUAUCCCAGGAUGUUCCAAAUUUAAACAGCUGCCAGAUUGUCGUUUGAUCCCAUGGUGUGGUUUAUUAUUAGAUAUACAGACACUUGAGGUUUACUGCGAUUACUCCAGUUAUACUGGUACUUCUAUCAGAUCAAGUCUUUCCUUCAAUUCAAGUAGAACAGCUGGGAAAAACAUGAAAUGCAAACUGAUCACAGUCCUCAAACUGAAAUGCCAUUGUUUAUUUCUCGAUUUACAGAUCAACAGCCUUAGAACAGUUUUCAUUAACAUCUAUAAGAUAUUUUUACUUCAAGCUUACAGGUUCCAUGCAUGUGUUCUCCAACUUCCAUUUAACCAGCAAGUUAGAAACAAUCCUUAUUUCUUCCUAAGGAUUAUCUCUGAAACUGCAUCAUGCUGCUAUUCUAUCCUGAAAGCCAAAAAUGCAGGGAUUCCUCUAGGUAACAAAGGUGCAACUGGUGCAUUUCCAUAUGAGGCAGCAGAAUGGCUUUGCUAUCAUGCCUUCAUUGUCAAACUGGCAAAGCAUAAGGUUGUUUACAAAUGCCUACUUAAGCCCUUAAAAAUAUGUAAAAUGCAGCUAUUCAGGAAGAUCCCAAAGGAUACUAUGGCACUACUGAAGGCAGUGACAGAACCAUCUCUUUGUCAAGAUUUCAAAGCUAUCUUGGACUAA